CCUCCGGCUGCAAAAAAAAAAAAAAAAGAGAAAAGCAAAUGUAUGAAUCUGAUCUCCAUCCACCCACCUGCCCUGUCCCUUUGUCUGAGAGGUCACUGGAUGAAGUGCUGCCCGCCACCUGCCCGUGACUCCCGCAGCGUGGCACAGUAGCGGACGGCUGCGCCACGGGAAGUUGAUCAGUUCCAUAGGGAUAAAUUGGAGGAUGGACCACGUGACCUGUACAGAACCAGAAAGGUUGUGCUGCUUUGGUUUAGGGCAUCCUCUUUCCAGUGAACGGCCUUCGGCAUGCGGCAGGAGCUAAAGGAGGUUUGUCCGACUCGCCGGCUUUGUAGGAUGCCGGUGCAGCUGACGACAGCUCUGCGUGUAGUGGGCACCAGCCUGUUUGCCCUGGCAGUGCUGGGUGGUAUCCUGACAGCCUACGUGACAGGUUACCAGUUCAUCUACACGGAAAAGCACCACCUGUCCUUCGGCCUGUAUGGUGCCAUCCUGGGCCUACACCUGCUCAUCCAGAGCCUGUUCGCCUUCCUGGAGCACAGGCGCAUGCGCCGGGCCGGGCAGCUGAAGCUGCCCACCUCCAGGCCCCCAACUGUGGCGCUCUGCAUCGCCGCCUACCAGGAGGACCCUGAGUACUUGCGCAAGUGCCUGCGCUCGGUCCAGCGCAUCGCCUUCCCUGACCUCAAGGUGGUCAUGGUGGUGGAUGGUAAUCGCCAGGACGACGCCUACAUGCUGGACAUCUUCCAUGAGGUGCUAGGCGGCACUGAUCAAGCCGGCUUUUUUGUGUGGCGCAGCAACUACCACGAAGCGGGUGAGGGCGAGACGGAGGCCAGUCUGCAGGAGGGCAUGCAGCGUGUGCAGGCGGUGGUGCAGAGCAACACCUUCUCGUGUAUCAUGCAGAAGUGGGGAGGCAAGCGCGAGGUCAUGUACACUGCCUUCAAGGCCCUCGGCAGCUCAGUGGACUACGUUCAGGUGUGCGACUCUGACACUGUGCUGGACCCAGCCUGCACCAUCGAGAUGCUUCGAGUCUUGGAAGAGGAUCCCCAAGUAGGGGGAGUCGGGGGAGAUGUUCAAAUUCUCAACAAAUAUGACUCGUGGAUCUCCUUCCUGAGCAGUGUGCGGUACUGGAUGGCCUUCAACGUGGAACGGGCCUGCCAAUCCUACUUUGGCUGUGUGCAGUGUAUCAGUGGGCCCUUGGGCAUGUACCGCAACAGCCUCCUCCAGCAGUUCCUGGAGGACUGGUACCAUCAGAAGUUCCUAGGCAGCAAGUGUAGCUUUGGAGAUGACCGGCACCUUACCAACCGAGUGCUGAGCCUUGGCUACCAGACUAAGUAUACAGCACGCUCCAAGUGCCUCACAGAGACCCCCACCAAGUACCUCCGGUGGCUCAACCAGCAAACGCGCUGGAGCAAGUCUUACUUCCGGGAGUGGCUCUACAACUCUCUGUGGUUCCAUAAGCACCACCUCUGGAUGACCUACGAAUCAGUGGUCACAGGUUUCUUCCCGUUCUUCCUCAUCGCCACGGUCAUACAACUUUUCUACCGGGGCCGCAUUUGGAACAUUCUCCUCUUCCUGCUGACAGUGCAGCUGGUGGGCAUUAUCAAGGCUACCUACGCCUGCUUCCUUCGAGGCAAUGCAGAGAUGAUCUUCAUGUCCAUCUAUUCCCUUCUGUACAUGUCCAGCCUCCUGCCAGCGAAGAUCUUUGCCAUUGCCACCAUCAACAAGGCUGGCUGGGGGACUUCAGGCCGGAAAACCAUCGUGGUCAACUUCAUUGGCCUCAUCCCGGUAUCCAUCUGGAUGACAGUUCUUCUUGGGGGCCUGGCGUACACAGCAUACUGGCAGGGCCUGUUCAGUGAGACUGAGCAAACCUUCCUUAUUUCCGGGGCUGCCCUCUAUGGCUGCUAUUGGGUGGCCCUCUUCCUGCUGUAUUUGGCCAUCAUUGCUCGGCGGUGUGGGAAGAAGCAAGAGCAGUACAGCUUGGCUUUCACUGAGGUGUGACACAGCCCCCAAGCAGAGUGGGAAAAGUGCAAUGGGGAAGACAGGGGAUGGGGAAUGAAAGAGAAAGAUUGGGUUGGGGGGAGGAGGGAGUGCUGUGUUUUAGUUUAAUGGUCCAAAGGGACAAAUCAGAAAUGCAAAGAAUCGUGACUGUAGUAUGGCCUGUGCUGGGCAGUUCUGCUCAGAGGAGGUGACACUGAUUCUUCAGGCUCAGGGCAGAGGGCGUUUGUGUUUUCAGGCUGCUUAUUUGCUUGGCCUCUGCAAAGGAUUCUACCUCCUUCCCUGGGGUCCCAAGAGAACUCAGAAAGGUGCCAACCAAGCGCUAUUUGCAUUUUCUGGCAGUUUCUGAUAAGCAAGCAAUGACAUCUGUGGGAAGGGGUUCUCCUCGCCCAUGUGAACAUAAGCAGAGCUGGUAGAAUUUCCACUGAGAUCUGAGCCAAGAACGUCCCCCCCCCUCCAACAGAUCAUCAAUGCAGUUAAGAUUGUGCCUGAGAUACGAGGCCCAGAGGCCUGAUCUUUGGGUAUCAGAAAACAGGGUCCAAGAAUGGUGCUUUAUGUGAUCUACCCUACUUCACAUCUCCAUGUCCCAGGGGUAAGCCAGACUAGUAGGAGAUAUCAUUAAACUGCUUUUGUACUUUUUAUUUUUACUUUUUUUGUAGUAGUGGGGAUUAAACCCAGGGCCUUCACAGUGAGCUACA